AAACUCCAGAUGAAAAUGGCAAAACCCAACGAGCUGACAGUCUCCUCAUGAAGAAGAUAAAGAAAAAAAAGAAAAAGAAACACCGGGAAGAUAUGAGGGGAAAACGGCUGAAGAUGUACAAUAAGGAAGUGCAGACGGUGUGUGCUGGACUCACUCGCAUCGACAAAGAGGCUCUGUCUCAAGGGCAGUGUGAUAACUUAGAAAUGAACAAGGAAUCCUUCCGGUAUCUGAAGGAUGAGCAGCUCUGCAGACUGAAUUUGGGUAUGCAGGAAUAUCGAAUACCCCAGGGAGUACAAACACCGUUUGUGACACAUCAGGAGCAUUCUGUUCGCAGCAGCUUCCUGAAAACUGGCACUAAAUUUAGUAACUUCAUUCACGAAGAACAUCAGUCCAAUGGGGGUGCUCUGGUCCUUCACGCUUACAUGGAUGAACUCUCAUUUUUGUCUCCAGUGGAGAUGGAGAGAUUUGCGGAGGAGUUUCUUGCGUUGUCAUUCAGUGAAAACGAUAAAAACGCAGCUUACUAUGCUUUAGCCAUAGUGCAUGGGGCAGCUGCUUACUUACCAGACUUCCUGGAUUACUUUGCUUUUAACUUUCCUAACACUCCAGUGAAAAUGGAAAUUUUGGGCAAGAAGGACAUUGAAACAACAACAAUCUCAAAUUUUCACUCUCAGGUCAAUCGGACGUACUGCUGUGGCACCUACAGAGCAGGACCGAUGCGGCAGAUCAGCCUUGUUGGAGCAGUGGAUGAAGAAGUUGGGGACUACUUCCCGGAAUUUCUAGACAUGUUAGAAGAAUCUCCGUUUCUCAGAAUGACUCUGCCCUGGGGUACUCUUUCUAGUCUCAGACUGCAGUGCAGGUCGCAAAGUGACGAUGGUCCCAUCAUGUGGGUGAGGCCGGGAGAGCAGAUGAUCCCAACAGCUGAUAUGCCAAAAUCACCAUUCAAGCGGCGCCGGUCAAUGAAUGAAAUAAAGAAUCUCCAGUACCUACCUCGGACCAGCGAGCCCCGUGAGGUUCUGUUUGAAGACAGAACAAGAGCUCACGCUGAUCACGUGGGUCAGGGGUUUGACUGGCAGAGUACAGCUGCUGUGGGCGUGCUGAAGGCUGUACAGUUUGGGGAAUGGAGUGACCAGCCUCGUAUAACCAAAGAUGUGGUCUGUUUUCAUGCUGAAGACUUCACGGACGUUGUGCAGAGGCUUCAGCUGGACCUGCAUGAACCUCCGGUGUCACAGUGUGUUCAAUGGGUGGAUGAAGCCAAACUAAACCAAAUGAGACGGGAAGGCAUUCGCUAUGCUAGAAUUCAGUUGUGUGACAAUGACAUCUACUUCAUCCCUAGAAAUGUCAUUCAUCAGUUCAAAACCGUGUCAGCAGUCUGCAGCUUAGCCUGGCACAUAAGACUUAAACAAUACCACCCCGUGGGGGAGACUUCUCAGACCGCAGACAGCAAUUCAAGCUCGAACAGUAGUGUUCCUGGAAAGAGAGAGGCAGAAGGCCAGCCCCCGUGUGCGAGUGUCAAACUAGAGUCUGAAGAACCAGGUGUAGAAACGCAGCUUACAGCAGGGGCGCUCGCCUCCUCUGCUGCUUCGCUAUCAGGACUUGUACAAGCAGAUCAGGUGGCCCAGCCCCUUCCAGGUUUGAAAGUAGAGUCUGAUCAGCACCACGGCCCGCAGGAUCAUACAGGCUCUUCUGUCUGAUAUGUAUAUAAGCAAAUGUUUUUUAACAACUUUUUAAAAUUUUGAUGUGAAGUUAUAGUUUUAUAACUGGCUUAUGUUUUAUUGGAGAAAUCUUGCCUAUAAUUCUAUAGAGAAAGGUGACAUUCCAAAAAUGUCAAGCAUAUCUUUUUUACACAGAUUAUGCAAAAUCCAAGUUGUAUUUUAACCCCUUAGUACAACCUGUACCAGUGGUCUACCACUUCUUUCUGUUUAAGUGAAGAGAUAUUUAAUAUCUCCAAGUCAGAAUCAAAUUCCUCCAGGAACAUAAAACGAUUGAACUGUAUUGGUCGGUGUUACUUCCCUGCUUUUAUCUCUAAUCUUCACCAGAAAGCGAUGCUUUUGUAGAAGACUUGCAAAGUGACUUUCCCAUCUUGUUUUAAUUGCUAAAAAAAAAAAAAG